AUGAGGAUCUUUAGUAAGAACCUUCGUCUUCAAGAUAUCACCAUCAUGUACUUCACCGCCUUGGCCACUCUGAUGGUGAUCUUGGUGGCUUCUUACCAAGCGCCCGGCACCGCUGUUGACAUUUCCACCCUUGAUUCCAAUCCCUCCAGCCCUCUGCCUCUGCCCAUGCCUUUCCGUGUGCCCCUUGACCCACGUGGGGAGCUCCAGCUUGCCUGGAACAUCAGCUAUGCAGGGCAGGAGGUUUACAUGGAGCUGAGGGUGGCAAAGCUCAGACACGGUAUCAUCCUGGGGAUGUCAGACCGAGGCGAACUGACCAAUGCUGACCUAGUGGUGCUAUGGGACUCUGGUACUACAAGUUACUUUGGGGAUGCGUGGAGUGACAGCAAGGGUCACGUUUCAUUGGAUAGUCAGCAGGACUAUGAGCUGAUUGAAGCCAAACAGAAAACUGGAGGAUUCUACCUCCUUUUCAAAAGACCCUUCAGUACCUGUGACCCCAGAGAUUACCUUAUUGAGGAGGGAACUGUGCACAUUAUAUAUGGAUUCUUGGAUAAACCACUUGCCUUGCUGGAGCAGCUGAACCUUUCUCGGAUUAACACAGGAGUACAGAGAAUUGUGAUGCUGCGUCCUGACACGCCACCACCAAUCCUGCCUCCAGAUGUGCAGACCCUCGAUGUUGUGGCCCCAGAUGUCAUCAUACCAAGUCAAGAGACCACCUACUGGUGCUUCAUCCAGAAGCUACCAGAAAACAUGCCCAAGAACCACAUUGUUAUGUAUGAGUCGGUUAUAACUCCAGGUAAUGAGGCCAUCGUACAUCACAUAGAAGUGUUUGAGUGUGCUCCGGACAUCCGAGAAGUACCAGAAUACAGCGGCUCAUGUGACGACAAGAUGAAGCCAGGCAAGCUCAACUUCUGCCGCCAUGUUCUUGCUGCGUGGGCUAUGGGUGCUGAGGCUUUUUACUAUCCUCCUGACGCAGGGCUGCCCAUGGGAGGACCAGGUUCCUCAAGGUUCCUUCGUCUUGAGGUCCACUACCACAACCCUCUUAUUAUAUCUGAUCGCCGUGAUUCAUCAGGCAUUCGGUUGCAUUACACUCCCAGUCUGAGGCCAUUCGAUGCAGGAAUCAUGGAACUGGGUCUUGUUUACACCCCUCUAAUGGCUAUCCCACCAAAACAGCAAACAUUCUACCUGAGUGGAUACUGCACCUCUAAGUGUACACAGACUGCUUUGCCUCCGGGAGGGAUUAACAUAUUUGCAUCUCAGCUGCACACCCACCUGGCAGGACGUGGGGUGAGGACAGUCUUGGUGAGGGGAGGCAAAGAACUAGAGGUGGUACAGGAGGACCCCCACUUCAGUACACACUACCAGAUGAUCCGAGUUCUAAGGAAAAUGACAAAUGUUUUACCUGGUGACAUCCUCAUAACAAAGUGCACUUACAACACAGAAGACAGGAGCAAGCCCACUGUGGGAGGUUUCGGCAUCAUGGAGGAAAUGUGCGUUAACUACAUUCACUACUACCCUCGUACUCAGCUGGAGCUGUGCAAGAGCCACGUUGAUCCACAAUAUCUGCAGAAAUACUUUAACUUCAUUAACAGGUUUCACGGAAAUGACCAGUGUGUGUGCGGUGAGACGAGUGUGACGGACCAGUAUUCUCAACUACAGUGGGAUAUGUUCAGUGCAGAAGUGCUGGACUCCCUUUACAAUACAGCCCCUAUAUCCAUGCACUGCAACCAGUCGACUGCACGUCUUUUCCCUGGAGACUGGGAAAAACAGCCUGUACCAGUGGUUACCUCCGUCCUUGAAAAACCUCACUACCCCUGUGAGGGGAGAACGCCUCCCACCAGUCCAUCUGCUGUACCUGCGGUCUGAGCUGCAGGGCCUGAUGGGAUAUCUCAGCCCACGGCGAAGGUCACUAACCUGGGGACAUUCAAAGAUACCUCUGACAUUCAACAAUGUGCCCUGGUCUUAUGUUUGUAUUUUCUUAAGUGGUAUUAUGUGUGAACUUUUGACUUCUAAACUUAUAUAAACAGUUUUAUUAAUACAUCCAAGUUAAUGAUGAUGAUGUUCUCAUGAGUAUUUGGAAGCAUCAUUUCUGAGCCCAAGAUUUAAGAUUGACAUGCAAAUAAAAAAACAUCUGCUGUGUCACUUCACAUGAACAUUUCCAUACUCCCUCAUGUUUAUUUUUGUUUGU